AUGCCAGUCCCCCAAUGCUUCGUUAAGCAUAUACAAAUUAAUAAUGUGCUUGACCAUCCAGGCAUCCUGAUGCUAAACAUCUGUUUGAUUUUACCGCUCUUAUCAUCAACGCUUAAUGGCUUUGAUUCAUCGAUGAUAAAUAAUCUGCAGAUCUUGCCCGGAUGGCAAGAGUACUUCCAUAAACCACAGGGCAUGAAGUUAGGACUCAUCAAUUGUGCACAUGACAUCGGCAUCCUCAGCGGAACUCCAUUUUCUCCUUAUGUGUCUGAUCUAUUAGGACGGCGAGCAACUAUGUUUAUCGGGGCGGUCGUCAUGCUAGCCGGUAUUCUUACGCAAGGCUCAUCCAUGACCAUACAAGUCUUCAUUGGCGCUCGUGUGCUUAUCGGCUUUGGGAUGGCUUUUUCCAUCAAUGCUGCUCCCUUGCUCAUCAGCGAACUUAGCUAUCCAACACAUCGCGGAAAAAUGACCUCUCUGUACAAUUCGAUGUGGUAUUCUGGCAGCAUCAUUUCGGCUUGGAUCUGCCUGGGCAGUUAUGAUGAUACGGGGACAUCGCCGUUGUCAUGGAGGACCCCUUCAUACGUUCAAGCAGUCAUUCCUAUCAUUCAAAUGGUGCUAAUAUGGUUCAUCCCAGAGAGUCCUCGAUUUCUAAUGGCUAGAGGCUUGGAAUCGCAAGCUGCACGUGUCCUCGCUCAGUGCCAUGCAAAUGGGGGGGACGAACGCAACCCUCUAGUAGUCUUCGAGAUGGCUCAAAUCCGACAUGCUUUGAACCUCGAACGAGAAUUCACUUCUGGAAAAUCCUACUUGAGGUGCUUCUCAACUCCGGGCAACAGACAGCGCAUGUUUACCAUCAUAUGGAUCGCAGUAUUCUCACAGUGGAGCGGCAAUGGUCUGGUAUCGUAUUAUAUCAACACAGUCUUGAAUGGGGUCGGGAUCACCCAGACUCGAACGAAAGCAGCUAUUAACGGCGGUCUGCAGACUUUUAAUUUGGUCAGUGCGCUGGUGAGUAUGAUGAUGGUGGACAAACUGGGGAGGAGGAGAAUUUUCUUGAUUUCAAACAUUGGCAUGCUCAUAGCCUUCGCUAUGUGGACGGUCACGACCGCUCUUUUUAGCCAGUGGGGGAAUGUGGUAGCUGCGAGAGCUACCGUGCCGCUCAUUUUUAUAUACUUUUUUUUCUACGACUUUGCGUAUACGGCGAUGCUCGUGUUAUACACGCUCGAGAUUCUGCCUUAUAAUAUUCGUGCCAAAGGGUUUGCAAUUAUGAAUAUUACUAUCUAUUCCACCAAUGCUUUUAACUCGCUUGUCAAUCCUGUAGCCCUGGACACCAUAGGAUGGAAAUACUACCUCUUUUACUGCGGAUGGCUUAUCUUGGAACUCCUAUUCGUGAUGGUGUAUAUCGUCGAGACGAGAGCUCGCACUCUGGAAGAAACCGCUGCUUUGUUUGACGGCGUUAAAGUCCAUCGGGGUAUCGUGGAGCGGACGGAUGAAGCUGGCAUGACUUUAGGCAGAAUGUCACCAUACCCUGGACUUCAGGACAAUCCCGGAGCAGUGGAGACUGCGAGUUCUGUUUCGCGAUCGUAUUUCGAAUCUCAGUCUGAAGAAUCCGCUGUUGCGUUUGCCAGAUAA